AUGACGAUCAACAAUCUCACGAACUAUGUCGCCUACCUGGAGCCCAACAGUGGCCCCAGAAUCGGCCAUCUCGACUUCAAUACCUCAUCGAUCACCCCUCUUUCCUUUAUAUCCGGCACCCCAUUGACAAGUCUUUAUCAAGUCAUCGCCGUCGGUGAGCAGGGAAUCAAGGCAUCUGGCGAAAAUUCUUUCCCUCUUUCCAGCGUGAAGCACCUCCCCCCGAUUUCGGGCCGUGAUGUGCUCGCGGUUGGAAAGAAUUACGUCGAACACGCCAAGGAGUUCAAUUCCUCGGGCUACGAUGCAAGCGACAAAACUGAUCAACCGACUCACCCCGUGAUUUUCACCAAGCGUGCCACUUCCAUCAUUGGCCCCGAAGACCCUAUUCUCCUGCAUCCGAAGUUCACGAGCACAGUUGACUAUGAGGGUGAGAUCGGUGUCAUAAUCGGCAAGCCAGGCUUCCAAAUCUCAGAGGAGAAUGCAUUGGACCACGUGUGGGGUUAUACCAUUGUGAACGACAUGACCGCACGUGAACGCCAGCGUGACCACAAGCAAUUUUUCCUCGGAAAAUCACCCGAUACCUUCUGCCCAAUUGGCCCCGUCGCUGUCCCCAAGGAGAGUCUUCCCAAGAACCUAAAGAUCCAGACUUUUGUCAAUGAAGAGCCACGUCAGGAGGCUACUCUUAGCGAUCUGAUCUUUAGUGUUCCUACACUGAUCGCCACUAUCAGCGCUGGCCAGACCUUGCAAGCCGGUGACGUGAUAGCCACUGGUACACCAGCUGGUGUCGGCUUUGGAUUCCGUCCCAUGAAGUUCCUCCAGACUGGAGAUAAGAUCAGCGUGUCUGUAACAGGGCUGGGAACGUUGACGAACCGUAUUGCGGCUGCAGACGCGGUCAACACCACCUCCGAGCGCGCACAGUCUCACAUUCCAAUUGCCAAUCAAAAGGCGCCCGCCAACUCGAGAUUGACCAACAUCAACGGCAAGAACCUCUUUUACCAGCGACUUGGUGUGGAGAGUGGAUCUCCAGUAUUCUUCGUUCACGGACUAGGCGGAUCCUCAAGUUACUUCUAUCCCCUUAUCGCGAAGCUGCAGUCGACACAUUCCUUGCACCUUCUAGACCUGGAAGGACACGGUCUUUCCCCGACAUCAGCACUCAGCACCCUUUCCAUUGCCUCUUUUGCGGAAGACUUUUAUAAAAUGUCACAAGUGGCUGGUGUUGACAAGGGUGUGACCGUGAUUGCCCACUCUAUGGGAUGCUUAGUGGCUCUCAAGCUUGCUCUGCAGCACCCCGCUCUUGUAUCCAAACUUAUCCUCAUGGGACCUCCCCCGAACCCACUUCCAGAGGCAGGUAGCCAAGGCUCCUAUGCCCGGGCUGCUCUCGUUCGGAAAGAGGGAAUGUUGUCGGUUGUGGAUGCCAUAGUGCAAGCCGGAACAUCGACCUACGUUCAACAGAACAAGCCGUUGAGUAUCGCUGCGGUUCGCACUUCCCUUCUUAGUCAAGAUGCUGAAGGAUAUGCAAAGGCGUGCGCGGCCCUUGCUGGAUCCGCCACCGACCCCUUGGAUGUCAAGUCUCUUCGCAUCCCCCUUUCUAUCGUGACCGGUGAAGAGGACAAGGUCAGCCCACCUUCUCUCUGCCAGAAGUACUCUCAGGUGACUGGAGGUGGUCAUGUUGAGGUGCUAAAGGAUGUAGGACACUGGCAUCUAUUUGAGGAUGUUGAGGGAACCGUGAAGGCGGUUUUGGCGCAAAUUUAA